AUGGAUUUUCUUAGCAAGUCUAACAACACAUCUCUGAUUGAAAUUAACUCUACUUCAACAGGCAAGGAAGAGGUCCCGUACAACCACGCUAUCCUCCCCAUCAUCUUUGGCAUCAUCUGCCUCCUGGGCAUCCUUGGCAACUGCAUCGUCAUCUACACCAUUGUCAAGAAGACCAAGUGCCGUGCCAAGCAGACGGUACCUGAUAUCUUCAUCUUCAACCUAUCGAUUGUUGACCUCCUCUUCCUCCUCGGCAUGCCCUUUCUCAUCCACCAGUUGCUGGGCAACGGCUCUUGGUGCUUUGGCGCCACCAUGUGCACCGUCGUCACGGCGCUCGACUCCAACAGUCAGAUCGUGAGCACCUACAUCCUCACCGCCAUGACCUUGGACCGCUACCUCGCCACCGUCCACCCCAUCCGCUUCAACUACGUCCGCAGGCCGUGCGUCGCCACCGCCGUCAUCGUCCUCGUGUGGGGGCUGUCCCUGCUCACCAAUGUCCCUGUGUGGAUGUACGCCGGCCUCAUGCCCCUACAGGACGGCUUGGUGGGCUGUGCCCUCCUGCUCCCCAACCCAGCUAUCGACAUCUACUGGUUCACCCUCUACCAGUUUGUCCUGGCCUUUGCCUUGCCCCUGUGCAUCAUCUGUGUGGUGUUCUUCAAGAUCCGCCAGCACAUGUCCACCAGCGUGGCCCCGCUGCCCCCACGCAGCCUGAGGGUGCGGACCCAGAAAGUGACCCGCAUGGCAGUGGCUAUCUGCCUGGCUUUCUUCCUCUGCUGGGCCCCCUAUUACACCAUUCAGCUGGUCCACCUGGGGGUGCAGAGCCCCAGCCGGGCCUUCAUCUACGCCUACAACAUCGCUAUUAGCCUGGGCUAUGCCAACAGCUGCAUUAACCCCUUCCUCUACAUCAUCCUGAGUGAAACAUUCAAGAGGCAGUUCAUCAUGGCCAUCCGGCCAAUAAACAGGAAGUUCCGUGUCAACCCCAGCACCACUGAUGGCAGCGUUAGCUUGAGGCUAGCUCCAGAGGGACCUCAGCAGGAACAGGGCUUGGGAGAUCUGGUGCCGGUCCAUGUGGCCACCCACUAA